AUGGGAAGCGUCAGCGACUUGCCUUAUUGGCAGGUGAACGUACCCGAAAACGAGAGGACGGAAGAGUGUCCGGAAUUCCUUCGCAGCCUAAGCGUCAAGGAUAUCGGCAUUAUCGGCACGCCAGACUCGGAGUACACAGUGGCGACGUGGGCCGAGGUCCAGAGGAUCGUAGCCGAGAACCAACUGGGCUCGUUCAGACGCAUCCCCUCCGACCUCAGGCGGUACCUCGAGUACACGUGGAAGCUGAAGCGGGACUACGGCAGCGUCAUGAACUUCGUUUUGACUCAACGGCUCCACUGGGACGCCCCCGUGAAGCCGCGAGGCGGGCCCUUCGAGUUCGAGGACGACAUCAAGAUCCUGUGGAACGACUGGCCGUACGGCAUCGACCCCAGGAUCGUCCACCUCGUCGUCUGGACCAAGUUCGAGCUCCCCGAGGACCCCGUCACCACGGAUCUGACCGACGAGGCUCGGGCCGAGAUCGACGCCUACGUGCAGAAGACAUUUGGGUCCAGACUCCCGAAAGAUCGCAAUUGGAGAUCCUUGAAAUCCGUCCAAGCCGUAGAGCAUUUCCACAUCAUGCUCUUCGACCCGGACCCCAAUUUUGUCGAAGAAAUCACGCACGGCGACGUCCCGUCUUGCCGCAAGGUUUGA